AUGGUCUGUGACAACGUGGGACUGAAGGAAGUUGUACAGGUCAUUCUGUUACUCGGACAAACCGUUGGAGCCCUCAUAUUCACGAGUGUUGCGGACAAGUAUGGACGCAAGCCUGUGUUAGUGGCAUGCAAUUUUCUGCUGGGCGCUACUGGCUUUGGGGUUGCCUACGCCCCAAACAUUUAUGUGAUGAUCGCUUUCCGAUUUCUGUGCGGCUUCUUCCAACAGGGGGCUACUUUAGUGGCUGUCACUUUACGGAUGGAGUUCCUGACAUCCAAGAACCGACGGGUAGUGAUAGUUCUGAGUGGACUUUUUUGGACUCUGACCACUGUGCUGUUUGGACUGAUGGCCUAUUUCAUGCGAGAUCAAAGCUGGAGAAUGCUUCAAACUGCAGCUGCGCUGUUCACUUGUAACUUUAUUCUUAGUGCUCUUUUCCUGUAUGAAUCACCUCGCUGGUUAAGUGCAAACAAAAAGUACGCCCAGACUCUAGAGAUUAUUAGAAAAGCCUGCCAGAUAAACAAGAAAGAUUACCAGAAGGUUAAAGCUGUGUACGAACUCCAUGUCAUCCAGCCCCAAGAAGCUAAGGAUCUGGUAGUAGAGCGAAAUAGCAUUCUGGAUAUUGUGCGACAUAGGGCACUCUUCAUGACAUCUGUCAUCCUGUGCUUCAUUUGGAUGACCAACUCCUUGACCUACUAUGGCCUCUUUUUGACGUCAUCAUCACUGGCGGGAAAUCGUCAUCUCAACUUCAUUCUGAUUGGACUAUCUGGUUUGCCAUCAGACAUGUUGAACAUGGUUCUUCUUGCUUUCUUCGGUCGGAAACCGGUAAUAAUGGGAUGGCUAUUGACUGCAGGCACUGGGCUUCUGGCCGCAACCAUGUUCAUGGCUUUUGGCUCCUCAGAGGCUUCAGUGAUACUCUCGGUGAUCUUCUCUUGUGUUGGAAAGCUAGGUAUUGGCGCCAGCUUCAGCAAUAUGUUCAUGUACACACCCGAGCUAUUCCCCACCAAUGUUCGAUCUGCCGGCCUCGGAGUCUGUGCGGGUGUGUCCAGACUUGGCAGCAUGCUAUCUCCAUACUCUCAAACGCUGGCUGAGGUGGCACUGUGGGGACCAGGCCUUAUAUUUUCCGUCAUGUGCUUCCUUUCCGCCAUUUUGUUCACCAAAUUGCCAGAGACGAGAGGACAGCCCAUGCCAAACACAAUCUCAGACAUGAAACAGCGUGUGGCCAGUAACUACGGCAACAGGAAUGUUGAUGUACUUGACUAUGAGGCUGAAAUCCUCAAACCCAAAUGA